AUGUCUACUUCGAUACCGGAUGAAAGUUCAACCUCGGAAGACAACGAAAGUAAUCAAAUGAUUGAUCAUAUUGAUGAAUCGUCUGAUGAAGAUAAUGAUAGUUCACCUCGAAAAAGAAAGAAACUAGAAGAAAUCAAAUGGAAACGUCAAAAGUUCAAUUCAGUUGACCUUCCUGAAAGCCAUCUGAACCCAAUCUUAUAUUUUGCCAAUCCAUCGAGAAAAACGCCACGUAUUGUUUUCGAUUAUUUUGUAGACGGUACAUAG